UAACAUUUGUGAACUAUUUCCGGAAUAGGAGUCGUUACUUUCAAUUCAUUACCUACAAAAUAAAAAGCACAAUUUUUCGAGGAUAAAAUCAACAUUUAGCUGUUAGAUUGAUCAAAAUUAUGUAGACUUUACGCCUUAAGAAAAUUAAAUAUGUUUCGGGGGGACUUAGAAAUCUAGAUCUUCUAAAUUUCUAGAUUAGUUCAUUUUGGAAAUAGAAAAAAUGGGACAGACUGCAUCUCUUACAAAAAAACUUGUUACCCAACCAUUUUCUUGGCUACGAGGACAAAGGCACGACGACGAGUCUGCUUCAGCAGCUGGUUUGAUUCCUAAAGGAGCCACUUUAUAUGUCUUUAAGAGAAGAGGCUCGAUGUACUUUGAUGAGGAUGGUGACCUUGCUCAUGAAUUUUAUUGUCAAGUUUUUGAUAGAAAUACCAACAAGGUUGUGAUGCAAAAGUACAGUGGUGAUUUAAAACCUCAGGGUGACAUUGAUCUACCAUAUCCAAGGCUGCAUGGUGAUUUGCCUGUAAUUUUAUUUGACACAACAAGUCUUCAGAUGCACGCUUCUAAUCAAACGCGAUGACCAUUAUAGCAUGGGGCUAUUUGUUCUCAUUACGGUAUUAGGCAAUAGCUCUCUUAAAGAACAUUGAAGCAGUUUCUUGAUGCAGACAGAACAGAAAAUAAGUUUCUCAUCAAACAGUAGUAAUUGUAUAAAUCUAGUUUAUUUUGUGUCAAAAUAAUUGUUUUAACCAGUGGUGAGGAUUAUUUUGUCAAUAAUAAAUUAAUCUACUCAUUCAAAACAAGAAACUCUAAAAAUAGUUUCCUUCAUAAUUCACAUAGUAAUUGUUUGUUGGCAUUUAACAUUUUAUUUUCUUAGUCAAAAUCUAUAAUAUAAAAUUCUAUUAUAAAAACCAUAGACUAAAAAAUGUAACAAAAUAGCUGUAGUUAUGUUUCUACUGAUGUAUAUAGUAUUUAUAAGAGCUCUAGCUAAAGUCAAAGGCAAUUACUUUUUCCUUCAUCAGCAAGUUCAAUCAAACAUUUUUUUUACUAUUGUGAUAAAUGUCUUAAAAUACUUCGAUAUUUCUGCCAUUGAAUUUUAUUUGUAUAGCAAGUUUUUGAGACAUGUAUUCUGUAUAUCCAAUCUGAUAAAACAUUUGAUCAUUGUACAUGUGCCAUUUAUGUUUACAAUGUAAACAGCUACUGCUUGUCUAGACUAUUCAUUGAAAUGCUGUGUAAUUGGUCUUCUAACCAAAUAAAUUCAUUGGAUGAUUCAC